UGUAUAAAAUGGUCUAGACGUAAAAAUAAAAUAAAAUAAAUAAAUUGUUCGGUUUUUUUAUUUUGACAAUAUUGUUUCUUAAUCUAAUUGAUGAUCACACUUAGCAGAGAUUUGCUAACUAUUAAAGACACUCGCGAAUUUAGCUGAUGAUGGAAACCUAUGGAUCCCCCAAGAUAAAGUUGAAAAGAUUCACCGGCAGCAAAGCCGAAAUGAAGGACAAUUGCAGCAUUUGUUUGUUUUUUGUCUGAUCGCCUGGAUUAGUUCUUCCAGGAGCAAACGAGAAGUUCCAGGCAACAGGUGGAAAACAUAAGGAGAAAUGUUUCAGCUUCCAGUAAACAACCUUACUCGACUGAGAAAAGCAAGGAAAAGGGUCAAAAGGCUGUUAAGCGAUAUUGGUUUGGACUACUGCAGGGAACAUGUAGAGGAUUACAAAGAGUUUAAUCCUGAUGAGUUCUAUAUGAAAGGUUUUUACCUUGAUGUAUGCAUGUGGGAUCCAUCGUGGACGAAGUCACAGGACUACAGAACUAAGCAAUUCUGCUGCUCAGACUGUCCCUUUGCUUCCAAGUACUUCUCAGCUUACAAGAAUCACUUUCGCAAUGUUCACAGAGAUGACUUUGAGAACCGCAUUCUGCUCAACUGCUCCUAUUGCAUGUACAGUGGGAAUAAGCAAACUCUGGAGACUCAUGUUAGGCUCUUUCACAUGUCUUAUAGUGUUGUGCGACAGGGCAUUGCCAAUCCACUUGGAGCCAUGGUGGGUGGAAAAGAUAUACGGCUGGACAAGUCCAUGCUGACCAACCAAAAGGAGCUGGCUGUGUACUACUGCAAGAAAUGCAACUACCGGGACAGGUUAUACAAUGUAGUGCGCAGGCACAUUUAUAGGGAACACUUCCAGCAUGUAACUACACCUUAUGUGGUUAAAAAUUAUCAGAAACAAGAAAAUGGUGGGGAAGUUACAAUCAGUACUCAUGGAAUUCACUGUAAGAGCUGCCUCUUUGUUCCUCGUUCCUAUGAAGCACUGGUUCAACAUGUUAUUGAGGUCCAUGAGCAUGUUGGCCAUCAUGUAACUGCCAUGAUUGGCCAUACCAAUGUUAUAAUGGCUCGUUCUCAGGCCAGUAUAGUUCAGAGGGGUGCUCCAGUCACAUCUGGCAUACCUCCCCACAUGGUGCAGCCAGUUAAUUGCUUUAACAUGCCCAAAGCAAUGACGAUGCCUAUUGGUAACCAUUUCAAGCAGGGUGUCCCAGGAAACCCUGGUCAACCACUGUGUAUUAAACUACCUGACAAAGCUUUGCUGUCCAGCACAGCUUCACAGUCAAAUAAAGGAAAAAACCUAGGUAGUUUUAUGGUUGCAUCACCACUUGGUAAUGCCGCUACAGCCACUUUGACCUCAUUGCAAGUGAAGAAGGGUUUAGGUAAUGCACAUAACACAUCACAAACACAGAACUGGAAGCUUUGCACAAUCUGCAAUGAAUUCUUCUCUGGUAGUGCAUACGCAAUUCACGUUGAAAAGGAACAUCAGGUUGAAAGGGUGCAGGCUAUGGCUAAGUACAUUAUGAAGAUCCACAAUUUUACAAGCAAAUGUCUGCAUUGUAACCACUACCUGCCAAGUGAUACUCUGCUAAACCACAUGCUGAUACAUGGACUAGCAUGCCCACAGUGUCCUUUCACAUUUUAUGAGGUUGAGAAGGUAGUAGUGCACAAGAGACAAAUGCAUCCAAAUGAACCAGUGGAUCAUGUUAAUGAUUUACCAUUAACAUUUGAUGUGACACUUCAGCAAGGGAGUCCAAAGAAUGUGCAGCUUAUAGUGACCACCUGUAACAUGAAGGAAGUACCCAAGUCAUUAUCCUCAACUAUGCAACCAUCAAAUAGUGUUGGAUCUAGGUCCACAAUAAUUGAAGCAAAGGGGAUAAAAAGAUCGAGUGAAUCACUGUUGAGCAAAACAUUUCAAAAUGUCUCUGAACUAGCUCCGAACACAGAAAUGGGCAAGGUGCUGUGUCCACUCUGCUUCACUAUUCUAAAGGGUUCCAUUGCUAAUGCUCUCGCACAGCAUCUCCUAGAACAGCACCAGGUGCUUCAGACUUGCCAUCCAGUUGAAAAAAAGCUCACUUACAAGUGUAUUCAUUGUUUGGGUGUGUACAAAAGUAACCUGACAGCUUCCAAAAUCACACUUCAUCUAGUACACUGUCAAGGUGUUGGGCAAACUCCCAAAGAAACUGUGCCUUCAAGCCAAGCCCUGUGUCUUCAGAACCAAUUGUCAUUGAACUUCAUAGGGAAUCAGAGCUAGAUAUGUCAAUGAAAAAUCUAAAUCUGACAAUGAAAACUAUGCCUAAUUUCCUACCAUCGUUCAACUUUGGUCAGAAGAGACGGUGCUGAAUGAGAGGUUCCUGUAUAAAAGAGGUGGAUGGGUGACAAAUACAAAUUUUACCAAGGGAGGCUCAAAGAGUCUAGAUGGAGCAACUGAAGAAGAAACAUAGCCAGGGGCCAUGUCCCCAAAUUACAGUGUUUAUAGACCAGCUGGACGAUUUAAAGAGAAGGGGAAGGAAAUGGGUUUGCUGGGCAGAUGAUCCAAGUCUUGGUUCAUGCCCAGCUCCCAAGGCAACCUGCCUUCAAACUUGUGCUAGCCCCUAAAUCUUAAGUUGUGACAAACAAAUCUAAAAUUAUUUUUUUUAAAAACAAUGCUACAAGCUGAUUUGGAGAACUUUCAGCAUUCCUGUUGUGAACAAGCAGGAUAAGCAUACUGAAUCAUGUUUCUUAACCCAUAUGUCCCCUUAUGAUUUUUACUGCCUUGUGUAAUUGCUAACACAGUUAAUUAAAUUGUUACUGUAGAAAGUUUGUUUCUCUCUGAUAAAAAUAAAUGUAACAUUGUAAUUUACUA